GUCGCUGUCGCUUUGCGAUUUGUUUUCUGCUGGCUUCUGUUGGCGCUUAGAUUGGAUUGAACAAGAAUGCUCCGUCUUUAGAGCGGAGCAGUCGGUCGCACUAUGUGAUUCCGCUUUAUCGUUAAAUUCGUAAAACGUUAAAUAGAUGCAUAAAUAAAUACAAACACACCAACACAUACAUAUGAGCAUUGAUGAAUACAACAAAAAUAAAUAAAUAUAUGAAACAACAAUGUUAUUGUGCAGUCAACUCAGGAACAAACAGCUAUUAAUACUGCUCUUAAAUAUUAAAAACAAUAUUAAAUAUCGAGCAUAGACACGAGCCCACACAUCCUGCCAUACCUCAGCGGUAGUUGAAGCAACUAAAGCACAACAACUAACGCCGUUACCAACAACAAUUAUUUACAACUAAAAAAAGAUAAAUCUAUAUAUACACACAUAUAAAUAACUGUCAUAAGAAGUUCGGUGCCUGUUGCUGGAUACAUAUAUAUAAUAAAAUACAUCUACAUCAAUCUACAUCAUCUCUACAAUGGAUAACGAUGACAACAGCAACAACAAAAGAUCUCCAACGGAAAUCGGGGACGAUAAUCUGAAUUUGGUUUUCGGUUCAGCACGCGUUCCUGUUAACUCCAGUACUCCAUAUUCUGAUGCAACUCAAACAAAAAAACACUCUCCUGGCCAUAUAAAAAGACCAAUGAAUGCAUUCAUGGUCUGGAGUCAAAUGGAGCGACGAAAGAUCUGCGAGAGAACGCCAGACUUGCAUAAUGCGGAAAUAUCUAAGGAAUUGGGAAGACGAUGGCAGCUUUUGGACAAGGAUGAUAAGCAGCCAUAUAUUAUGGAAGCGGAGAAGCUUCGAAAACUUCAUAUGAUAGAAUAUCCAAAUUAUAAAUAUAGGCCACAAAAAAAACAAUCGCGAUUAUCUGUUGCAUUGAACAGCAACAAAAAUCAAGAUUUAGAUAACAACAACGAUAUUAAGAAUAAUGACUCACACAAUACAUCGACCUCUGUCGCAAUGCCAAUAAAUAAUGGAACAUGCACUGCCGGUCGGAAAAACAAAAGAUCUACCUCAACUUGUCAAUCUGGUACGAUAUCGAAAAGGUCGAGAAACGAUUCAGGUGAUAAUCCAACCAUAAAACAACAACCACAACAACAAAAAUACAAUGUAAAGACACCCUCAGAUACUACUGUCGAUAUUAUACUUCCAUUAGAAAUGGAAAUGGAUAUGGAUAAUAAUUAUUUAAGUUACCCAAAUCAAUCGGAAUUUAUACCAACGUCUAACAACAUUAGUGAAUUGAGUACAGAUUCAAAUGCAGCAGUUAAAACGGAAACGGAAAAUGUAUCUGAGAUUAAUGCAAUGAAUUCCCAAGAUAAUUUAUCAGAUGUGGUAUUCAAAUAUCUUCCACUUUUUGAUUCAUCACCGAAAAAUAAUGAAGACUCAUUGCUUGAGGUGAAUUCAUCACUGUCGCUGCCAAAUAGCCGAGGAGGAGGUGGAGCUGGAGGUGGAGGUGGAACUGGAAGUGUUAGCCAUCAUCAUCAUCUCUUAAAUGCUAUCAAAAGUCAAACGACAUUUGAUGAUUGCCAAACCAUAAGUGAACCCGUAUUUGAUUCAGAGGAGAACAUUGUUAAUUGUGAUGCGAAUUUGCAUUCGGCGAGCCAUCAUUUAUCUUCCACCCCCUAUGUGCCAGAUACCCACGAGUGUUAUGCCGAAGAUUGUGGUUCAGAAAGUGCAUCACAUCAACAUCAGCAAACGUAUGCGGUGCAACCGCAAACAGUAACAAUGAAUAUUGAAAUACAUAAUAGUGCGCUUUCGUAUGGCGGUCAUACAUUCCAAAAUGAUGAUGCAUUCAAUCCAAUUCCAUCGGCGACCGAAGACAGCGACUGCAGCAUUCUAACCUCAACACAUUCGCCUCACAUCGGAUUCUGUAGCAGCAGUAUAAGCAACAGUUUGGUUGAGCCAGAUGGUAUUGCUGGAAACCCAUGUACAUCAUCAUAUUCCACCCAGGACUAUAGCGGCAAUAUAAUUGGAGCACACAAUGAUCUCAACUACACAGUACAUGAUAACGACGGAGCUCUUCUAGCUUACACAUUUGAGGACUUACCACCUCAGCCAACUGGUAGUCAUUUAGAAUUUAAUAACAGAUAUGAGUUUUCAAGUUUAUACAAAAUGUGAGAGAGAAAUAUUUAAGCUUUGUGUAAUUUGUAAUCUGUAAUUUGUAAUUAAUGUUUUUACGUUUAUAAUUAUACACCAAAAUAUAUAUACAUAAAAAUA